UAAGCAGAAUUAUUAUUGAUAUUGGUUGAGGUUGAAGGAGGGAGAAAAAUAAGCACUAUAGUAUUCGAAUCUGUAGCCGCUCCUACGGUUUAUUUGUUUAUGGCAUAAAAGAUAAAUACAAUGAGUAGAUGUCUUGCAUUGAAAUCAUAUUGUUUGAAUUAAACUAAACCAUAAAGGCUUCUGAGACCAAAAAACAAAAGAAAAAAAAAGAGAGAUAAAGAAAUUGGUCCAUAAACAAGUUGAUACAACCCAAGCCGUCAGGCUCGUCGUCCUAGAAAAGAAAAAUAAACUAUUGUUGCUUAUUAAAAUCUCAAGGCCUAAUUAAUCAAUUUAUUGAAGAAAAUAUACAUCUUUUAUGGGUCAUAAAUAAAUGCACUAAUAAUUAGGUAUACAUGCUUGACUAAUCUAGCGGAACCCGCGUGAAUAGAAUGCUGACUAAUGAUGCAAACAAAAAACCGAGAAUAUUUUUUCUGAUUGAGAAAUUGCUGGGAACAUAAUUAAAUAGAUUCCAAAUCUUGUGUCACUGUAAAAACAAUAUUUGAUUUUAAUCGUACUUACAUUCCUUUAUUGUGUUAAUUAAUAACAUAUUAUAGCAGUAUAUACUUACUAUGACAAGACCCAUAUUAGUACAAAUAAACACAUGUUUUUUCCUUUUUUCGUAACAUUUGUUUGCGUCGCAAGUCGCGACUAAUCCUAAUCCGUGCAUAAUACACAUGACCGACACCAACUUUUUAUAUCUUGGAGUAAACUAUGAGGAAAUCAUAUUUUUUAUGUAAUUAGAAUAUGAAAUACCAAAACUUUAAAAAAGGACAUACUGAAUCUUAGUUCUAUUUCGUGGAAUAUUAAAGGAAAAAGGGUUGGGUUAGUUUGAAAAAUCUAAUUAAAUCAGUAUUAAUGUAUUCUAUUUCAAGCACACAAUAAAUCCAGUCAGACUAACACAGCUAUAUGUGCGUCAGAUAAUUCACACACACACACGCACAGAGCUAUAGUUAUUUCACCUAAAUUAAUUUGACUUAUUAAACACGAGGCGUGUCCAUACUAUAAAUAUUGAAUUCUCAAAUAUUUUCAUACCCAAAGCCAAAAUCAACAAACGCACAUAAAUAGACUUAUUCAACAUUCUUCUUUCAAACUCUACGACUAAUUUAGUUUUUUUCCCCCUAAACCUGCAAAAUAUAUUAAUAUUCCCACAUCUUCAUCAAAUCAUUCAUCCACCUAUAAUGUUGAUUCCUACCUCCUCCGAUUCUCUCGUAUUUCCAACUCUUAUCUCUUAAAUCAUUUUUUUUGUUCAGCUACUCUCAUAUCCUUUUCGUUUACGCCAUGUUUAGUUUCGUGAAUUUUGGUAUACUUAUUUUGUCUAUCGUUUUUCUGGGAGUGGUUUCGAAGUUCUUGUCUAGAACAAGUUUAAUCCACUCGUUGAAGAAAGUAUGGCGUUGGCUGCAGGAGAAGUGCUAUGUCUACCAGUUCUACAAGGUGCCGAAAUUCAACGAAAACAUGCAGGAGAAUCAAUUGUACCGAAAGGUUAGCACGUACCUGAAUUCUCUGCCGUCCGUCGAAGAUUCAGAUUUCGCGAACCUUUUCGCCGGCACCAAGCCGACUGAAAUCAAUCUGGUUCUCGACGAGAAUCAGAUCGUGACGGAUCAAUUCCUCGGCGCCAGAGUGUUUUGGAGGAGCGAAAACGGUGAGAGAGAGGGCGAGAAGUCGCUGGUGCUGAAGAUCAGGAAGAACGAUAAGCGGAGGGUUCUGGUGCAGUAUUUGCAGCAUAUUCAUCAGACGUUUGAUGAGAUUGAGCAGAAGCUGAAGGAGGUGAGGCUGUUCGUCAACGUAGACGACGGGACGGAGAGGAACGGGCGGUGGAGGUCGACCUCGUUCACGCAUCCGGCGACGAUGGAAACGAUGGUGAUGGACGCGGAUCUGAAAUCGAAAAUCAAAUCGGAUUUAGAGAAUUUUUUGAAGUCCAGGCAGUAUUACCACCGAUUAGGCCGCGUCUGGAAGCGGAGCUACCUGCUGUACGGUGCGGCGGGGACGGGAAAAUCGACAUUCAUCGCCGCGAUGGCGAAGUUCCUCAGCUACGACGUGUACGAGAUCAACCUCCACAAGGUGCGAAACGACGCCGAUUUGAAGUACCUCCUCCUCCAAACGACGAAGAAGUCGCUGCUGGUGAUCGAGGAUCUCGACCGCCAUCUGGAGGAUAAAUCGACGGCGCUGAGCCUCUCUGGAGUCCUCAACUUCAUGGAUGGAAUAUUCUCGAGCUGCGGCGAGGAGAGAGUGAUGGUGUUCACGAUGAACAGCAAGGAAAACGUUUGCGCGUCGAUCCUACGCCCCGGGAGAAUCGACGUCCACAUCAACUUCCCCUUGUGCGAUUUCAGCGCAUUUAAGAAUUUGGCAAACAGUCAUCUCGGAUUGAAGGAGCACAAAUUAUUCCCGCAGGUGGAGGAGAUAUUCCAAACCGGAGCGACGCUGAGCCAGGCGGAGAUCGGGGAGAUCAUGAUCUCGAACCGGGGCUCGCCUAGCAGGGCGUUGAAAACGGUUAUCACGGCGCUGCAGGGGAAUCUGGCGUCUCGGGUCGGAAAGAGAUUGAGCGGGUCCGGGUCGGGUCGGACACAGGAGGAACCGGAGGAAGCAGUGAAGGAGGGGCAAAAUGGUAUUCUUCACCCAAUGAAGGAUAUUAAGAAUUUUUAUGGGCUUUUGAGGAACAGGAGCAGUAGAAAGGCGUCCAUGGAUAAAUUUGAGAUCGAUCUCAAUGAUCGAGAAAAUUCGGCACAUGGUGCUUGAGUCCGAUUUGUUUUGUUUGGGGUUCUGAAUUUUGAAACCCAUUUAAUUUCUCUUUGUUAUUUGUAUAGGUAUGUCAAUCAGUUAAUUGUUCUUUUAUUUAUGAUUUUUGUCAGGUAACAUAGGUUUUUAUAUUUUAAGAUACAAAAUUAGCACACUCGAACGCAGCUUGUAGAUGGAUAAUCUGUAAGGAGAGGAAGAGAGUCUAUGAGCUUCUUUUAAUUGAUUUCAUGAAUAUUUUCUUUUA